AUGCCAGAAUCUCCGUGGGGAGGCGAGAAGCGUCGAGUCACGGAUGGUCGACUCGGGUCGGCUGACAUUCUGACUUAUCAACGCAUGUCUUCGUUUGGUCCGUAUCCUGCACGUGACACGGUUAACCUGUCCAGAGGCCAGCCGUCCCUAAUAACCAAGCAUCACAUCAUCUGGACGGAUUUGUCACGUGCAGGAUACGGACCAAACGAAGACAUGCCCUGA